CGAACCUGUCUCGCCCGCAACUCCGUCUCAUUCUCCGUUUCUUCGCCCGGGUCGUGGUCUCUGACACUAGAGCGUCUGUUUUAACCCCUCAUUUUCGCGUCCGUGCUACCUUCGCUCCUGCGUGAACGCUCACUCACGGCCGAGGGCGAUGCACAACACUCACGACUUCGGCGGCGGAGCGCGUCGCGGGGGGAAGAACAAGCAGUGGGUCGCGUCUGCCAUGGAUCAGCCCUUGUCUAGUGGUAGUGGUGGUCGGCCAAGAGGAUCCCAUGGGCACGGGAAAGGUCGGGGCGGAGGUGGACUGAAGAACAACGGAUACCACUCAGAGCCGGAUGAAGUCAAGCCCACCUCGAGCAAGCCUGCCUCCCCAUACGAGCACCUGGAGAAUACCGUAGAACUUGACGAUCCCGUUUUUGCGCCGCUUUUCGUCGCGCCCGAGGACGAGCCCGCGAAUCAAACGAUGGAGGAAAAGGAAGCAGUUUACAAGGACCUUGUACAUCUGUGGGAACUGGAGGCCAAAGUGGCCGUUCGUACGGGCAAAAUGUCUUCUGAGAAGGGGGACAUCCAUAACCCUAUAACAAUGGCUGGUACAUGUAUGCACAUGUGUUCCCGUAGAGAGCGGUAUCGGAGGGAACGAGAGUUCAAUCUCGAGGUUUGGGAACAGCUACCCGGCACUCGAUACGUAGAUCACCCACACGCCGUGACAAAGUACGAACGCGCCCGAGGAGACAAAGUGACCCCAUCUGACUUGCGACCGCUUCCGAUCCUCAAGGCAACAAUGGACUACAUGCUACAGGAUUUGAUGUCACGUGGUGGCUUUGAAGCUACGCACAGUUUCAUCAGGGACAGAACGCGUCAAAUACGGGCCGAUUUGACGAUACAACGGCUUGCCUCACCAGUUGUGCUGGAAUGCAUCGAGCGGUGCAUGCGAUUCCAUAUCCUCGCCUUCCGAAAGAUGCGCGAUGACAAGAGUUUUGACAAGCCGACGGAGACUGGGCUGUUGUCGAAUUGCACGCAAUCGUUGAAAGAGCUGUACAAUGACUUGCGCGACGAAUCCGAAUUUGGGCCUGCGUACGCUUUCCCCUGUGAAGUGGAGAUGUGGAUCUACAGAUGCCUCAUAUUCAUCCGGAACCAGGGCCCCGAACAAAUCCCACCGCAAAUCCAGGCACACCCACUGUAUAAACUGGCCGUCCAGUUUCGGUCGCACGUGCAAAGCGCGAGCGGGACAAUCACGAGAAGCAGCGAACUCAAAGUCGGGGGCCAGGGCAUGGCCACGUUCCAGCAAUUAGUGGAGAAACUGCUGGAAACAGAAGACGGGCGUCCGAUGGUGUUCAUGGUUGCAUGCCUGUUGGACAGUAUCUUCGGGACGGGGACGGUGAAGGAAAUUGAUGACCUCCGCGAAGGCUAUACAGACUUGGAUUUGAUCGUUCGAGCAGAGCCAUCAGAAGCAGACGAACAAGUGGAUGAGGCGGAAGAAGAGGAAGAGGAAGUGGAAGUGGAAGAUGAAACGGAGGAGGCUAUGGAAGGAGAGGAGGAAGGAGUCACUGAGCAAGACGUGGAUGACAUGGAAUCAGACUUGGAUGAUGAAGCUUUGACCGUGGCUCCUGAAACGGUUUCAACUUCUACGUUCUUGCCCCCAGUGACAGCUUCCGCAUUUCCAACUGCAAGCUCAUCUUCUGGCUUUCCACCAUCUGCAUCCGCCUUCCCAAAUUCCAGCAUCUCGCCUCUGACUGCGAAUGCUUUCACAAAGAUCACCUCUACGAGCAAUGUUUUCGGCAAUCGGUCGAGUGCUUUUGGGAACAUCGGCGCUGGAAACGCAUUCACUGCGAUCGCUGCUUCUAGCAGUCGUCCGAACGGAUCCCUGUUUGGUUCUCCCUCGACACGGAUGAAUUCUUCGCCCUUCUCGUCGGCAAAUGGAACUUCGACAUUACCGACCCCCGCAAGUGCUGCUCCAGUGACAAAUUCAUUCGGAGGUGGAGGAACAAAUACAACAUCUGAUCCUCUCAACCCCAAGGCACCUGAAUUCGUACCGUCAUUUGGCCACUUAACGAACAUGCCGCCGCCAGCACUCCCUGUUCCAAUGCAGCCGCAGGCCAUCGCCCCCGUCGCCCCCGCCGCACCAUCUCAACCUAUCCAUCAACCCCAGCCAGCCAAACCUAUAUUUGGUGUGUCAUCCACUGGGCUGGCGAGUUAUAGUUCUGGUCCCGUCUUACCCCAAAUCGAUACCUCCUUGACCAUCAAAAUCAAUGGGCCGAUUACCCCAAUCAAUCCCCCCGCUCUGGAAAAAGUGCAGCCCGUGUCGUUGCCGUCGACGCCCACUGCGCCGCCCUUGCAGUCCGGCUUCUUCAAUCUGACUGCAGGCUUGGGCGAGCCACUCAUCCAGCCAAUGAAAACCGGCAACCGUCUGCUUGCUUCGCUCAGGACGGAUCUGGCGCCCAGUGCCGGAAUGCUCAGUCCGUUGGUGAUGACUCCAUCAUCGACACCGCUGAGAACUAGCUUCUCUCCAACGAAGCAGAUCUCACCGCCUGAUCGGAAGGGGAAAGGCAAAGCUACUGACAUUGAUCUUGAGACGCAGGCUCGGGAAUUCGAGUCGCGUGGUCUUCUGGUGCGCGAGUCGUUUAAACGGUGGCAGAAACUAGCGACGGACCAUGCGGAGUGGAUCGCGGCCUGCCAGAGAGGCGAGCGUUACUCCGCUACGAUUCGCAGCCGGAGAUACGGGCGCUCUCUCAGGGAUGACGACGAGGAGAGCUCCGCGUCCAUGUCAGUCACGCCAACGAAACGGCGCCGGCAGAGGACGUAUCAGCCCCGGAAAACGGACGAUGAACUUCUUUCGCGGUUUGAGGAGGUGUGUGUGUGUGGUGCAGAUACGGCCAUGUCUCAACUCGGUCUAGAACAAGGCAGAGCACGACCGUCGCUGGGCACCGGGCUCUUUUCUCCAGAUCAUACGCAAGGCGCUCAAGCUCAAAAGUCAAUGGCACAUAUGGUUGUCACUUAACCCCGAGGUUGAUGCGACAGCGAUCUGGGCUCAGACAAAAUUCGAUGUCGAGAAAGCCGAUUCGAGCUGGGUGAAUGAGACUGUUCUGGCCAUCCCAGUGAUCGCGCCAGGCAAGGGAUAUCCCGGAUUGGUCGUUUUCGAGUGCACUCCCCUGGGCGGGGUGAAUGACGAACUUGAUCGCAAGUAUCUCGUCCUCGACGACUGCUCUCGGUUGCGGGAUCUCGUCAGCGCUUUGCCCGAGGACCGGCAUUUUGUGCCCAGUCUGGUGUUCUUCGUUUGGCAAUCCGGAUUGGAAGAUGAUAUGUUGGAGAUGGCUAAAAAACUCGUCGACGCGGGCACCAUCACUGGAUUUCGCGUCGUUCCCGUUGCAGCAGUGUCGGACGAUCUGGAUCUCAUGUUUAGUGAUGCGUUGACCCACAUGGAUGUGGAUGUGACCGGGCGCCUCGGGCAGGAGCUAACCGCGCAAGGUGUUUUCAAGAACCUCUGUGAUUCUGUAUACACCGCCUUCCUCGCGGAGUGGGCCGAGUCCUCGGAGUGGGGACUGAUCUCCUCGGCUGUCGAGAUCCUCAACGAAACGGCGAAUCUGGCCUUGGAUCUCGUUGGCCUGUCUCACGGACAACGUGUUUUGCCUCCGUUGCCGUCAGCAGAGAUCUGGGAUACCGAAUCCGCCUUCGCGGCUAUUGGCGCCUGGCUCCGUAACCCGCUUCUCGAUGCUGACGGCGCAGAUGCUGUGUGGGUUGAUGUGAGGGCCUACCGGGAUAUUGGUCGCGGUGAGUAUUUGUUCGCCGGUGGGGUCUCCCUGAGUUCUGAGCCAACCAGAUUUUCCCCUCUUCCCAUUUCUGGAGCAUCUGAGAGAGUUGGUGGUACUGGACUCGACUGCAACAUAUUUUGUCUGCACCAAAGACAGUCUGGCCACCCUCGAACGCCUCAAAAAUGCCGCUCGGGAGCUGCAUUUCCAGUUGGCUUCUCGCGCCUUCUCUUCCUCCCGGCGACGGAGAACGCGGAGUGUCAGUGUCAGUGAAGAUGCCAGGUUUGUCUUCUGGCUGCCGCUGCAGUGCUGUGAGCUGAUCAGGAAACAGCUCAUCGGUCUCCAAACGACGACGGAUGUCUGUCUCGACAUCCCAGGCCAGCCCGCCCCAAAUCAACGGAAACGGAACUGCCCACGGAACACCGAUACCGGGAACACCAUCUCCCACUUUGAGCACCGUGUCGCUCGAUCCGGCUGUCGUCACUGUGUCAAUGCUGAGGCAACUGACCCAGGAUCUCAAGUCGAAGUACGGCAAACGAUAAUCUUUCUAUAUUUGUGUAGCAUGACAUAUCUACCCUGCUUUCGAAUGGCUUGCGAUCGCCCUGGAUUGACUGAAAACCAACAAAUGACUCUAUUUACAAGCCCGUUUUCAGGCCGAAGCACAGUUGAACGUAUAAAGCUGAGAAUUUACGUUAAUGUCGAGACCCAGGCGUAACCAGUGUCGCUUACGUCACCUGACUCACGUGAACAUUUCUUUUUUUCCUCCGUUCUCCGUCGCGCAGACGAG